AUGCGCGUUCAAACCACUUCCGCAGCUCUCUCGCUGCUGUUGAGCGCCGGGUAUCUUGGCCUCAUCGACGGCUGCCCAACAACUGAGAUUGUCACUCUGCCUACUGUCACAACUACAGAGAUACUUCCUACUAGUACAUUCACUGGAGGACCUGUGCCAACAGGAGGUGAUGGCAACAACCCUGGCGGUAACAACCCUGGCGGUAACAACCCUGGCGGUAACAACCCUGGCGGUAACAACCCCGGAGGCAACAAUCCUGGAGGCAACAACCCAGGAGGCAACAACCCAGGAGGCAACAACCCAGGAGACAACUGCCCUUAUGGCAACUGUCCCGAUGGCAACAACCCCGGUGAUAACAAUCCCGGAGGUAACUACCCCGGAGGCAACAAUCCCGGUGACAACAACCCCGGUGGCAACAACCCUGGAGGCAACAACCCCGGCGGCAACAACCCCGGUGACAAUAACCCCGGAGGCAACAAUCCCGGUGGUAACAACCCCGGAGGCAACAACCCUGGCGACAACACUCCCGGUGGUAGCAACCCCGGCGGCAACACUCCUGGAGGUAACACUCCUGGAGGCAGCAAUCCCGGAGGCGACUGCACCUAUGGCAACUGUCCCGAUGGUAGCAACCCCGGAGGCAAUGGUGGUAAUGGCUCCGGCAAUGGUUCUGGCCCUGGUUCUGGCCCCGGAUCUGGCCCUGGAUCUGGUGAUGGCUCUGGAAAUGGCUCCGGCCCUGGAUCUGGUGAUGGCUCUGGCAAUGGCUCUGGCAAUGGCUCCGGCGAUGGCUCCGGCGUUGGCUCCGGCCCCGGAUCUGGUGAUGGCUCUGGUGAUGGCUCUGGUGAUGGCUCUGGCGAUGGCUCUGGCGAUGGCUCUGGUCUUGGCUCUGGUGAUGGUUCCGGCGAUGGCUCUGGCGAUGGUCCUGGCGAUGGCUCUGGUGACGGGUCUGGGUCUGGAUAUCCUUCUCCGACUGACGGCUCUGGAGUUCCAGUCACUGCCAGCGCCGCGCGCUACCAGACAAUGGGCGCCUACUGCCUGCCAUUGGUGUUGGCUGUUGCCACCAUGUUCUUUACCUUUUAA